AUGGAAAUAAUUGAUGUAAAACCAUAUCUAGACCAGAAAGCAGGAACUAGUGGAUUAAGAAAAAAAACCAAGAUUUUUAUGGAAGGUACAUAUUUGGCAAAUUUUAUUGAAUCAUAUUUUGAAUCUCAUCCAGCAAAUUAUUUUGAAGGAUCUACUUUGUUGGUUGCUGGUGAUGGUCGAUUUUUUAGUCAUGAAGCAUUGCAAAUAAUAUCAGAAAUUGCAGCUGCACAUGGUGUCUUAAAAAUAUGGACAGGGAUCAAUGGUUUGUGUUCAACACCGGCUGGUAGUACUAUUAUUCGUGAGAGAGAGGGGGGAAAGGCUAUUGGUGGUAUAUUAUUAACAGCAUCGCAUAAUCCAGGUGGUAUAGAUGGAGAUUUUGGUGUUAAGUUUAAUGGAAAAAAUGGAGGUCCUGCACCUGAAUCUGUGACAAAUGCUAUUUUUGAGAAAAGUAAGACAUUAUCUAGUUAUAAGAGGAUUCCACUUUCAAAGAUUAAUCUGAAUAAACUUGGUAUACAAGAAUUAUUACCAGGAAGAUUUUAUGUUGAAGUUAUUGAUACUAUUGAGGACUGGUUAAGACUCCAGAAACAAAUAUUUGAUUUUAAAAAGAUUAGUCAAUUAUUAAAAAGGAAAGACUUUCGUAUGGUAUAUGAUUCUAUGCAUGGAGUAGCUGGCCCAUAUGCUCAUAGAUUAUUUGUUGAGGAGUUUGGAUUACCAUCACAAACAUUACUACAUCCUGAUCCUAAACCUGAUUUUGGCUAUUUACAUCCUGAUCCAAAUUUAACUUAUGCAAAGGAGUUAGUAGAUAUUAUGAAGCCAUUGAACCCCAAUCAAGUAACUGAUGAAACUCCUGAUUUUGGUGCAGCAGGAGAUGGAGACUGUGACAGAAAUAUGAUACUUGGUAAGGGAUUCUUCGUUACACCUUCUGAUUCUGUUGCGAUAAUUGCAGCAUAUGCAACAAGAGCUAUUCCUUAUUUUUCAAGUGGUUUAUCAGGUGUAUCAAGAUCAAUGCCAACAAGUUGUGCAUUAAACUCUGUUGCAGAAAAAUUAGGAAUACCAUGUUAUGAGGUACCUACUGGUUGGAAAUUUUUUGGGAAUUUAAUGGAUGCUAAUUUAAUUGCAAUAUGUGGUGAAGAGUCAUUUGGUACUGGUAGUAGUCAUAUACGUGAGAAAGAUGGUUUAUGGGCUGUACUUGCAUGGCUUUCAAUAUUAGCAUAUAAUAAUCCUAAUGAUGAUAAACCAUUAGUUACAGUUCAAAAUAUUGUUGAAAAUUUUUGGGAAACAUAUGGUAAACACUAUUACACAAGAUUUGAUUAUGAAGCAGUUGAUUCACAGAAGGCACAUGAAUUUAUCGAACAUCUAAAUAGAUUCGUGCAAGAUCCGCAAAGAUUUGCAAGCAUUAUUAAACCAUUUGAUCUCUCAUUAUUGAAUGCUGAUAAUUUUACUUAUACUGAUCCAGUAGAUGGUUCAAUAUCAAAAGAUCAGGGGCUAAGAUUUGUAUUUACAGAUGGGUCUAGAAUUGUAGUACGUCUUUCUGGUACAGGCUCUGUUGGUGCAACUAUCAGAAUAUAUAUUGAGAGAGUGAUUCAUAAUACUUCACAAAUACAUAAUCCAACUCAAGAAAUUUUAGCUAAACUUGUUAAUAUUGUUGAAAAUAAAUUAGGUUUAAAAGAGAUUACAGGUAGAGAUAAACCUACAGUAAUAACAUAA